AUGGCGCAGAUAACCAUUCGCAGUCUCUUCCGCGGCCAGAGUUCAAGCGCUCUCCGUCAAUUGAUCGGCGCCAUUACUCAGAAGCGCAGCUACUCGAAGAAUGCAAUUCCCACCUUCUCCCCAACAUCCUCCCCUGAGCUUGACCAGGCCUUUAAUCGCUUCCGGGAAGAACUCUUCAUACCAUUUGGACUGGGAACCUCGCAACGAAAGACGAUGUUCAGGCAGAAAUACGCUCAGAAGCUAGAAGAGGAACCUGUGUCCGUAGCCAUUGGUGAAAAUAACGAAACAUUCCUCCUACGGCCCAUGGACCCGCAAUCGAGACCGACGAAGGAGGAAAUUGUGGACCUGAUCUCCAUGAUGAAGACAACAAACGAUUGGCAGAAUUUACUCCCCUUCUUAUCUGGACUACGGAUGUCGAAUCGACGUCUUAACCCCAAUCGUUGGGAGUGGUUGGUGCGCAAGGCCGGACAGGCCGAUGCGCUGGGAAUUGUCCUAGAGUGCGCCAAGCAGCCAGAGCGGACGAACCUUCGCCUCAAAAAUGUCGGGUUUGUUCAACGCUUGUUCUUUGAACUCCACCGGAUGGCCCAGAUAAGGGAGUUCAAGGAUCCAGCCGUCUCGAAGGCCCUGAGCCUAGCGAAACAGUUUGUCUCUCUCAUGGAGGCCCCCGAGCACAUCGAACGCAAUCCGGAGCUGGACCCUAAGAGGAAGCCGGUGGUUAUCGGGACGUUGCUUGAACUCAGUGCUGCUCGAUCCUUGAAUGGACUUGAGGGGAAGGACGAGAACGGCGAUGUCCUCGCCUUUGCCCAGCGUUUAUUGGGAAGCUGGUCCCUUGGCAACUUCAAUAGUGAAACUAAGCAAUGGGUCAAAGUCGACCACAUGCUCCAAGAAAACGUACCCAUUUACAAUGGAAUGAAGCUUGCCCUGCAAGUGAACGGAAUCUCAAAUAAUAAAUCGGUUGCUCCGGGGCUGAAGACACGCAUUAACGAGCUGGGCACUUUAAUCGCGAACCAGAAGAAAGCAGCACCCGAGCAUAUCAAGCAGCGACCAACGAUCGGGUUCGCACAAAGUCAACUUUUACAUUAG